AUGGAAGAGGCAAUCAUGAGACUUGAAGGUGCUGAGCACAGAGAAACCAACAACCAUUCUCUUAAGAGAAAGCCAUCAAGAACUUCCUCCACCGCUCCUAGCUCUCCCGGAGGUGUAACCACCGCAAAAGCUGGCCCCGGGGCUUCAGGUGGCACGACCAUAAGGUACCGAGGCGUUAGGCGUAGGCCAUGGGGUCGUUACGCUGCUGAAAUACGCGAUCCGAUGUCGAAGGAGAGACGAUGGCUCGGAACAUUUGACACAGCCGAGGAAGCAGCUUGCGCAUAUGACUACGCCGCUCGAGCCAUGCGUGGUCUUAAAGCUCGAACCAACUUUGUCUACCCACUUGACUCUUAUCACAACCGUAUUUUCUCUCCUCCUCCGAUGAACAUGUUCCUCCUACGUGAUGUCUUACACUCUCAGCCUCUUUCUCCUUUCGCUUACCCACAUUACAAUCUUUCUAAUGUAAGCGGUCAUCUCGUUAACGAGUCUUUCACUAACGUUAACGAUGUCUCGGAAGAUCAUUCGCCUAAAGCGAAGAGGUCAAGUACCAUUGAUCAUGACAACAUGAUAUCAAUCCUCGAACCAGAACCAGCUGGGUCUGGUCUUCUUCAAGAGGUUGUUCAAGGCUUCUUGCCAAAACCUAUCUCUCAACAAACUUCAACACCUCCAAAGAUCAACCAAACGUCAGUUGGUGUUUUUCCGACAAUGCUAGAGACCGGUUUUCAGACAGAUCUUGGUUUAACUGGUCACGUCAGUGUUGAAGAAAACGGAUUCGGUCAGGUGAAAUAUCACGGAGAGUUGGAUUGGGUCAAUCGUGAGAAUGGGUUUGAUCCAGCUAAGAUGCAUCAGAGUGGAAAUGGCGGAAUGUUUUAUCAGUAUUGCUUUCAUGAUUAUUAA